CUCAGUUUAAUCAGCCGUCAACGACGUAAAUUAAAAGUAUGGCGACGCUUGAAUCUAACACGUCUGAUAACUCCUCUAGUGAUUCAAUAAAAUUAAAAGUUUUUGAUAGUAAUAGUGAUGAAACAAUUAAUGAGGGUGAUUUAACUGAUAUUCCUUUACAAUCUUCAUGGACAUUUUGGCUUGACAAAGCUGUUCGAGGCAGGACAGUAGACGAAUACAAAGAAAACUUGAAGAAAGUUUAUACUGUUGAUACGUAUCAAAAAUUUUGGGCUGUUUAUAAUAAUAUACCUAAAGUUUAUGAAAUUCAAAAUAAAUAUAGUUAUCACUUAAUGAGAGACGAAAGAUUGCCAUUAUGGGAAGAAACUAAUAAUAGGAUGGGUGGAACAUGGAGAUUUAGAUGUCAUAAAAAUGAUACCGAAACUGUUUGGAAAGAAGUCGUUUUAGCUGCAAUUGGUGAACAAUUUAAUAAAUAUAUACAUAAAGAGGACGAAAUAUGUGGUGCUACUGUAUCUGUAAGAGAUAGAGAUGAUUUAAUUCAAAUUUGGAACACCAAAGCUGACCUUGCAGAUUCCGCUACAAUUAUACCAGCCGUCUUAGAACUUUUACCGAAUAUUCAUUUCCUUGGUGAAUUUUAUAAACCUCAUCAAUUGAAUUAUGCAUAUGAACGUCAUUGACAUAUUAUAUUGAAACUUAUCCAAAGAAUUAAUUGUAAUUAAUGUAUUUCACUUAACCUAUAAUAUUAUAAAU